CAUUUCAGCUAAUGUAGACUGGAAUGCUCAGGCUCAGAAUACACUGAAUGAAAAGCUAAGAAGACCACAAAACACAAAUGUUGCAAAAAAUAUUAUAUUCUUCUUGGGUGAUGGUAUGGGUGUUUCUACGGUAACAGGAAUCAGAAUCUAUAAGGGACAGAAGGCUGGUAACCCUGGAGAGGAAACUAUACUCAAUAUGGAUAAAUUACCCUAUACUGGACUCGCAAAGACCUACAACACAGACAGACAAGUCCCAGACUCUGCUGCCACAGCCACAGCCUUCCUCAGUGGGGUAAAGACCAACUGGGGGACUAUAGGGGUAGACCAGACACUCCCUAGGUUCCAGUGUGAAGGACUUGAACAGGCAAAGGUUCCAUCCAUUUUUAAAUGGUCCCAAGAUGAAGGUAAAAACACUGGAUUUGUGACAUCCACUCGUAUCACACAUGCUACCCCAUCAGUGGCCUACGCCCAUGCAGGAGAUCGCUACUGGGAAAAUGAUAAACCAGAAACAGGAUCCUGUCCUGACAUUGCACGACAAUUGAUUGAGAAUGAAGUUGGGAAAAACUUGAAGGUUGCUUUGGGAGGGGGCCGAUCGUACUUCACACCUAAGACACUUGUAGACCCUGAAGUAAAUACAACAUUUGGAAGAAGAAGUGAUGGAAGGAACCUUAUUGAGGAAUGGAAGCAAGUCCAACAAAAUAUGAGUCGAAGGGCAGAGUAUGUGUGGAACAAGCAACAGUUUGAAGCAGUAAAUCCACAGAAUGUUGAUUACUUAUUAGGAAUGUUUGCUCCUGUCCAUCUUGACUUUGAACUGGAUCGGGAGGAGACAAUGUCGCAACCAUCUCUCAAAGACCUCACUGCUAAAGCUUUGGACAUAUUGAAGAAAGAUAACAAAGGCUACUUCUUAAUGGUGGAAGGUGGGAGAAUAGACCAUGCUCAUCACAGUGGAAAUGCAAAGCGCUCAUUGGCUGAUGGAGCCAUGUUUGAUGAGGCGAUUGGUUAUGCAAAGGACAAUACUGACCAAUCGGAUACCCUUAUCAUAGUCACUGCUGAUCACUCACAUACAUUCACCAUUGGGGGUUACCCAUCCAGAGGAAAUGAUUUAUUUGGU